AUGAACAUUAACAAUAUAUAUUUUUCUAGUAAAGUGGAUAAUAUGUCAGAAAUGAUGGCAAUAGAUGGGUCAAGUAUAAAUAAUACAGAUUACAUUGAUGAAAAUAAUAUAACUGAAAACUCAUUGCUAUCAAGAAAUUCAUUUGAGUGCAUCGGUUAUUAUGGCGCUGAAAUGACAAGAUCGAGAGAAUACCGAGAUUCAAAACCAGAAAGAAAGAUUGGCUGUUUUUCGCUGCAAUUUUACAGCAUAGUUACAGUUCUAAUAUUAAAUAUCGUACAUGGAGUAGCAUUUGGUAAUUGA